AUGUGCAUUGAGUUCAAAGCACACAAUCGAAAGUCAUUUCCGAAAGCUUCCAGUCGGUUUACAUCUUUGCCUUUUUACUUUUACUUGUCUAUUAAUGGGUUAAUACAGAGUUUGGAUCCGAAUGUUGAAGAAGAAUUGUCUCGGUUUAUGCGCGAUAAGCAAGAAGGUAACAAAACGCUCUACGAUCUUAUUGAGGCGAAAAUUAAUGCGAAGAUGGAUGAUGUGGAUGUGGCUUUGGGCACCGUAGAUCCAAAUGAGUUCAACCUCCGAGAUCUUGAUCCCGAAGUUGUUGAGAUGUACAAAGAAAUCGGUAAAGUUCUAUCGAAAUACAGGAGUGGAAAGAUACCAAAAGCCUUCAAAGUGAUACCAAAGAUGGUUAACUGGGAGCAAAUAUUAUACUUGACUGAUCCUGACGGUUGGAGUGCAGCCGCAGUUUACCAGGCGACGAGACUUUUCGCUUCCAACAUGAAUCCAAGAAUGUGCCAACGAUUUUACAACCUUGUUCUUCUUCCGCGUCUUCGAGACGAUAUCGAUGAAUUUAAGAAACUCAACUUCCACUUAUAUCAGGCUCUUUGUAAGGCUAUGUAUAAGCCGGCUGCAUUUUUCAAGGGCAUAAUAUUACCACUUUGUGAGUCUGGAACUUGCACUCUUCGAGAGGCUGUUAUCUUUAGUUCUGUGCUUGCGAAAGUGUCCAUACCUAUAUUCCAUGCAGCUGCAGCGAUGUUAAAGGCAAGCUAUAUUGCUGAAAUGGAAUACAACGGUGCCAAUUCUGUGUUUCUGCGAGCUCUAAUUGACAAAAAAUUCGCACUACCGUACAAAGUGAUUGAUGCGAUUGUGUCUCACUUCCUUAGGUUUGUAAUUGUCGGAAUUAUACAAAGUUACGAUUUCCGGAUGAAGAACGAUGAGCGCGACAUGCCAGUGCUUUGGCAUCAGUGCCUUCUUGCUGUUUGUCAACGCUACAAAAAUGACCUUAGUCAAGAGCAGAAAUCUGCUGUUAUGGACCUUAUCAGAUAUCAAAGUCAUUACCUUAUUUCGCCUGAAAUCCGUCGUGAAUUGGAGUCCAACGUGUCCGCUGAGAAUGUUCCUCCUUUCAUGAGAAUCGACAUCCAAACAAGGAAAAAUGAUAGCAUGGAGUUUUGA